AUGAAUCCUGUGCUGCCUCUCCAGAUCCUGGCGGUGUUCUGCCUAGCACUGCCGCUGGUGCCUGGGAGUCUCAAGCUGCAUUUUCUGAAGUACAUCUUGGAACCUACACCCUGCAAAUUAGAGCCUGAAAACUGUACUCAACGGUGUGCAUCCCAGGAAGAUUGCCAGAAAGGAUUUCGUUGCUGUUCAUCCUUCUGUGGGCUGGUGUGUUCAUUGGGUACAUUUCAAAAGCCCAACAGAAGCAAAUGCAACCACUCAGAAGUCAUCAAGCCUGACAAUUGA